CUUGGAAACCAAUGGUCAGCAAUACCUGCCCGGAACGGGACUCGGCGUCACCGAGAUGGGCCCCGAGGACUCCGACCGCCGCAGAGAGGCAACUUUCCCCGGACCCGGCGGAGUCCCAGCCAGCGUGGGGCUGUGCUCCCCAGCCCCUGGGCCCGCGCGCAGCCCCCCGGGGGCAGCAAGAGCGUGCACGGCCAAGAGGCCCACGCCGCCGGUCGGCUGCUGGAAGACCUCAGCCGGCGGCUGGCACGCGCCUAGCCACGGCCUCUGCCGCCCGGGAGCUCCAGGCGCCGGCGGGCGGAGGCCGAGGCGCCGCGGGGGGAGCAGAGCUGGGUGAGCGUCGGGAGAGCCCUCGCCGGGCUGCGCGCCGACCUGGCGAGAGCGCGCGUCCGCGGCGGGCUGUCGGGGACCCUGUCGCCUUCCUCCUCUCCUGGGCCUCCAGAGCCACGUGGGCCAUUCGAGGACUUCCGAGGCCGCGAGGAGCUUUUCGCGGGAAGGAAGAGAUGAGAACGCACAGUUAGGCUGGAAAUGUGUUUCCAAAACCGCCAGCUGGCCAGAAACUUCACUGGAUUCAAACAUGAAAAUGCAGUGAUUGAAAAGGAGUAUGAACUGGAAAUUGUAUCCGAAUCUCAAAGCUCUGAAGAUGACGUUGUGAACCUGGAAUAAGGAAGUGCAACACUCACAGAUCUGAACCCUAAAAUAACACAGACAACUCCAAAACAAUUCUGACAGUAACAUUUUGGAUGCUUUGCAUAAGAUUUUUGGGGCAGUUUGUAGGCCAAAAACUUAGAUGCCGUCAGGAAGUGACAGAAAGCAUUUAAGAGAAGGGGGAGAGAAAAUAGUGUGUUAUCAAGUUUUAGAGUUAUAUAUUCAUAGUUUUGGCUGGGAAAUACAAGUGAAAAAAUAUAUAUUGAAGAAUGCCUAAGGCCGGUUUUUAUCUUGUGCCAUCUCAACUUGCUGGCAUUACCUGAACUUCUAGAAUCUGCACAUGGUUUUGUUUUACUUGAUUAUUCUUGGUUUAUCUGUCCAGUUCGUUUUCAGUGUCCACCCCUCCCCCCCUUUUUAUUUGAGAAUUACCUCCACCUAGACACUAACCAUACCCUUAGGAUAGAGUCUGCCAAUAACGAUGCCCCUCCUCCUUUGGAUAUAGUCACUCAGAUCAAGGCAGAUUGAUCAGCUUGUCCUAGGAACUUCUGAAGUAGGACUAAGGGAGUGGAUGAGUAUUCCCUGAUGGUAGAGCCUUGGGAUGGGGGGAUUGGAAGCUGCUGGUGGCCACCAUGUGAGAA